GCUAUGAAGGAGGAAAUUGCCGCCGCCGUCUUUUUCAUGGGCCGCGUGGUCAAGCGCUACGGGUGUCUGGACAACGACGGCCGUGAGCGCUUCGGCACCGCGCUCACGUCCGCCUUGUUUGAGAGCUACAAGAACCACUGGCACCCCAACGUGCCCACCAAGGGGCAGGCCUACAGGUGUCUGCGAAUGAACCGGGUACAACAACAGGAUCCGGUGCUUCAGAAGGCGUGCGAUAGAAGCAGCGUGCGCUACGAGGACCUGGGCCUGCCUCAGGAGCUCACCGUGUGGGUUGACCCCGGAGAAGUGUCGUGCAGGUACGGCGAACACGGCACCCCCUUCUCCAUCUCAAAGGUGGACGGCAGCCGGCGUGCCGACGGCCACUUCUCCCGGCGAGUCAACGAUGCCGUGGAGCGAGCCAGCCUGGACGUACCCUCGGAGAGUUCUUCGGAUGAGGAUGAUGAUGAUGAUGGGGUGGAGGAGGAAGAGGGCGGUGAUAGCAGCAGCGGGCCAUCUGCUGCUCUCGGUGCCGAACCCAAAACCAUCCCGACUGUUAGCAAUCCCAAAAGCGUCUACCGGUUCAGCGAGUUUGCUCCUGGCGCACCCCAGACAUGGCUCACCCACCCCAAAAGGAAGCCAUUCGGCGGGGACACCUUCCUGCCUCUCGUCCCUCUACCUCAUCUCUCACCACAGCACCUGGCGGGCUCCAAAGGUUUCCAUUCCUACCGGGCUAUGUUUACCUUCACUGGGCCUCGUGUGGAUAAGUACCACUGGGUCAGCAAGUCCCGCUCCUAGAAUUUUCUGGAUCAUCGGUGAAGGGAAAAAAAAGUCUCAGGGCUGUUUGUGUCUUUGAAGGAAAUGGUUUUGAAUAUUUGUGCAUGAUUUAACUUUUUUCACCCCUUUUUUAACGUCUUGACACAAGUGUUUUUAAGUAAUUCUAACUGUAAAUGUGUUUUUAAUCACCGGUACCUGUGAAUAAAGUAAAUUGUGAACUGUAGCUCAAAAGAAAUAAACAGAUCCGUUUCAGA